AUGGAUAAAUAUAUUAAAGUGCGAAAGAUUGGAGAAGGAUCCUUUGGGAAAGCAAUUCUUGUAAAAUCUAAAGAAAAUGGCCAACAGUAUGUCAUCAAAGAAAUAAACAUCUCCAAGAUGUCAAACAAGGAGAGAGAAGAAUCGAGGAGGGAAGUUGCUGUCCUGGCUAACAUGAAACAUCCAAAUAUUGUCCUGUAUAGGGAGUCAUUUGAAGAAAAUGGCUGUCUCUACAUUGUGAUGGAUUACUGUGAAGGAGGAGACCUAUUUAAGAAAAUAAAUGCACAGAAAGGAAUCUUAUUUUCUGAAGAUCAGAUCCUGGAUUGGUUUGUACAAAUCUGUUUAGCACUAAAACACAUACACGACAGAAAAAUCUUGCAUCGAGACAUAAAGUCACAGAAUAUAUUUUUAACCAAAGAUGGAACAAUACAGCUGGGAGAUUUUGGGAUCGCCAGAGUUCUUAACAGUACUGCAGAGUUGGCUCGCACUUGCAUAGGAACACCAUACUAUUUGUCGCCAGAAAUAUGUCAGAACAAACCUUACAACAAUAAAAGUGAUAUCUGGGCCCUUGGUUGUGUUCUCUAUGAAAUGUGCACGCUCAAGCAUGCGUUUGAAGCUGGUAACAUGAAGAACUUGGUACUGAAGAUAAUCUCUGGACCUUUUCCUCCUGUUUCUGUGCAUUACUCCUAUGACCUACGUAAUCUGCUGUCACAGUUAUUUAAAAGGAAUCCUAGGAACAGACCAUCAGUAAACUCCAUAUUGGAGAAAAGCUUUAUAGCCAAACGGGUUGAAAAAUUUCUUACACCACAGCUUAUUGCAGAAGAAUUCAAUCACAAAAUCUUCCAGAAGUUUGGGCCACAUGCUGCACCAGCUAAAAGACCAGCUCAAGAACAGAUACUGACUUCAGUUGCACCAGCUCAGAAAAUUACCAAACCUGCUGCAAAAUACGGAGUGCCUUUAGGGAUCAGGAAGUCUUGUGAUGCACACAAAAAGCCUAAUGAGAAGAAACCAUUGGCUAAAUCUAGACAAGCAUUUCCAGCUCCAGUGAAGAAAAUGAAUCCAGGAGAAGAAAGGAGGAAAAUGUUUGAGGAACCUUCAAAAAAGAAAAGGUUAGAAUUGCCUGAAAAGGAAAAACGCCAGAGAGAUCAGGGAGACAAGAUCACUUUACUGAGGGCAGAUGAAAUGAGAAGAGUGGAAAAAGAAAGGAUGGAACGAAUAAACAGAGCCAGGGAACAAGGAUGGAGGAAUGUGCUUGGUUCAGGUGGAAGUGGUGAUGUUAAGGCACCAUAUUAUGGCGGUGGAGGUGGUGUUGGUCCUUUUCCUGUGUCUUCCAGAGGACAAUAUGAACACUACCAUGCUAUUUUUGACCAGAUGCAACAGCAAAAGGAGAACAUUAGAGUAGCUGAAGAAAGGGAAGCCAGACUGAGAGUCAAAGUACAAAACCAAGACAUUAUUGAAAGAGGAAUUCCACCUGGAGUACGUCCAGGAGUUCCUAAGGGGCCUGCAGGUCAUCACCAUUUACCUGAUGCUGGUGCAGUUAGGAAAAAAAUGAAAAGAUUGAAGGAGGUGUCUAAACAAGCCAAUACGAACAGGCAAAGAGCAUGGAUAGCUGCAGACAGAGCAAAGCAAGUUGAAGAGUUCUGGCAACGAAAGAGAGAAGCCAUGGAAAACAAAGCUCGAGCAGAGGGACACAUGGGUACACUGCAAAACGUGGCUGAUAUCUAUGGAGGCAGGUCCAUUUCUGCAAGAGGAAGGAAAUCCAGAAACAAGGAGGAAGAGGAGUACUUGGCAAGAUUAAGACAGAUCCGGCUACAAAACUUCAAUGAACGUCAACAGAUUAGAGCAAAACUUCGUGGAGAGAAGAAUGAAGCUGCCAAUUCUGAUGGUCAAGAAUCAAGCGAGGAAGCAGAACUGAAACGCAAAAAGAUAGAAGUGCAGAAGGCCCAAGCAAAUGCUCGAGCUGCAGUUCUGAAAGAACAGUUAGAGCGAAAGAGAAAGGAAGCGUAUGAAAGAGAGAGAAGAGCCUGGGAAGAACAUCUAAUAGCGAAAGGGGUAAAGAAUCCUAAUGUGCCUUUUAACGUGGGAGCUACAGAACACAGUCCUGUGCAUGGACCACAAGAGCUUGGAGCAGCUCUUCCUAAGCCACAGCUUCCAAUGAAGCCCAGUACACCCAGUACACCAGUCAUCUCCAUGACUUCUGCUUUGAAGGAAGUGGGUGUGGAAGAAAAUGUAACUGCUAUCCAUGAAGCUGAGGAGGAAAUAAAAAAGCCAGAUGUUGCAAUGCAAAAUAAAAGAGAAAUACUGAGAAGAUUAAAUCAAAAUCUUAAAGCUCAAGAAGAUGAAAAAGGGAAAAAGGAGUAUAAAGAUACCUCUGAAUCAGCUGGGUCUGAAGAUGGUAAGGAGCAACAAGGCGGCGACCAUCCACUUCUAGGAGAUCGCAAGAAAUGGGAAUCUGCAGCGUCUGAGUUGGUGGUUCCUCUAGCUCAGUUAUCAAUGGAAGAUUCUCUCUCUGGAACAGACCGUCAAACUCUGGGGGAAGUAAUUAAGUUAGAUAUUGGCGAACCUCACAGGAAAGUGUGGGGCAAAAGCCCUACUGAUUCAGUCUUGAAGAUCCUAGGAGAAGCAGAGUUGCAGCUGCAAACUGACUUACUUGAGGAACUAGACGUAGUAAAUGGUACUGGAGAAGUUCUUGAAGGAGAUCACCAGUCCUCAUCAGAGAAGGAAGAGAAAGCUUCUGCUGCUGCUGGAGCUCAGUCUUCAGUGCCAGUUGGUGUCACAGAGGCUGACGUGACUAUACCAGAAGAAUCUCAACGAGCUGGACCUACUCAGAUGCAAAGCAAACCUCUUAUGCUAGACGAGCCUGAUGAUUUGGAAGCAGAGAUGUUGGAAGAAACAGAAGAUAAAAAGCACCAGAGUAAGAACAGGAAGGAAUUUCCAAUCACUGUUAAUGAAGUGUGGGUAAAAGAGAAAGAGGAUAAGGCACAACAUUACAGAAAACCUGAGGCACCUUCUGAGAAACUAGUGCCUGAUGAGGUGCAACCACAAAGGGAAGCUCCAGAAGGAACUUGUUCCAGUGAUCCUCUGCAACCUGAACCCUUAUUCCAGAGGGUAAUACAGCCCACAGCUGUGCCAAGAGCUUCACCAGUUCUGUCGGCUCAGUCUUCACAGGAGGAGCCUUUUGUACCUCGUUCACGUUCCAUAUCACCAGCAAAAACUAAAGGCAAAAGUUCAUUGUUAAUUGGACUUUCUACAGGGCUUUUUGAUGCAAAUGACCCAAAGAUGUUAAGAACAUGUUCACUUCCAGAUCUUUAUAAACUGUACAGAACUUUAGUUGAUGUUCCCAGUGUAGCUGAUGUGCAGCAUCAACACAGUCUUGAAAUAGAUACGGAAGAUGAGCAAGCCAAAGAAGGACCCUCGGACUCUGAGGAUAUUCUGUUUGUGGAGGCAGAUACAGAUUUGCAGGAACUCCGGGCCUCAAUGGAACAAUUGCUUAGGGAGCAGCCUAGUGAGGAAUUCAGUGAAGAGGAGGAGUCUACUUUAAAGGCCAAUGUCAUUGAAUGCGUAACAAAUGGUACAGAGCUGGAUGAAGGAGAUGAAAAUAACCCCAGCAGUGAAAGUGCACUUAAUGAAGAAUGGCAGUCAGAUAAUAGUGAUGGAGAGAUUGCCAGUGAAUGUGAAGAAUGCGAUAGUAUCUUCAGCCAUUUGGAAGAGCUGAGAUACAACCUGGAGCAGGAAAUAGGCUUUGAUAAAUUCAUUGAAGUUUAUGAGAAAAUAAAGGCUAUACAUGAAGAUGAAGACGAAAAUAUUGAUAUUUGUUCAACCAUAGUUCACAAUAUUCUUGGAAACGAACACAAGCACCUGUAUGCCAAAAUCCUUCACCUAGUGAUGGCAGAUGGAGCCUACCAAGAAG